ACCAUCUUUCCUCAAACCCUCUAUACCAAGAAGAAGCUUUCGUAACAUAUGUUUUUUUGGCCCUAAUCAGUAAUCAGAUCGACAUUUUCCUCUGCCAUCACCGGAGCUCUGAGACUUCAACAACUCCAUAUCUCUCAAGCUUUUAGCUUUUGCUCGCAGUUGUUGGACAAUGAAGAAAGGAUUGCACCCACAGAUGCAAUGGAUCUCUUAUGUGACGCAGAGUGGUAGACUGAUGCACGUGAUGAUGACAAGAAUCCACCAUGUUGGCAAAGUCUAUCACUUUGGAGCUAAGCGUCAGAUGGCUCAAAGCAUUGGUCAGAUUGCCAAGUUCAAGCGUAGGUUUAACGAGCAAGAGGCAGAAGCAGCCGAAGAGAAUAACAAUGAGAACCAGAACAAGUAGCUGCAAACAAACUCUUUUAUCUCUCCCUUACCUUUCCUCAAAAACCAAUCUGAAAAGCUUUAGAUUUUUCAUUUACUAUGAACCUUGCUUUGCUUCUCAAGAUUGAAUUUUACAGUUUGUGUCUCUCUGUUUCGUCAAUAAAAAAACUUAUCUUGAUCCCUU